AUGGCAGUGACAGCGCCAAGAUACAGCACACGGGACCUAGAAACAGCUUCCAUCAGAUCGGCGGCUCCGUCAUAUGUAUCCGAUGCGCCCUCCUACCACUCAACCGUGGCAAAUACAGAUGCAGCUCCGCUCUACACCCCCAGAGGACCCGUGAGCCCGGCCCAGAAUGCUGUUGUCGCCGAAGCAGAUUCGCACGAUAGCCAGCCUCAUCUGGAGUCCGAUCGACUUCAGACAAUUGGUCUUCCACCCAUUCCAGCACGGCCGCCGACAAGAGUAUCGCCGCAUUUUAGCUUCCCAAUGUGGUCAGCUGCAGAUGCCCCGAUCACCAGACACUACCGCAACGUAGCUGAGCGACGCGUGGUCGACGGAAGAUACCAAACAGGGGGCACUCCAGAGCGCCAAAGAACCGCCAGACUGUUGGAAGAGCACAAUGCCGCCAAUGACAAGACGUUUCGACCACUCGAAGACCCAUACCUGGUUGGCGAGCAAGCCGCCGCUGAAGCCAGGAGAGAAAGAUUGGCGAGGGAAGGAUCAUGCACAUCGCUCCAGCAAGAAGAACGACAGUGGGACUGGUUGCUGGCCCAAAUGAGUGGAUGGGAAGAGCGCGAACGCAGCUGGACAAGAAUUCGUGGCGAGGCUGAUGCCUUGCAACGAAGACGUCUGUCCCGCCGGGCUGGUCCGCGCAUCUUACCCAUGCAUUGA